AUGGAUACAGACAUAAGGAAUCGGAAGUGCUCUGCCUAUCCAUUAUUGUUCCCUUUACCUGAUUCCACUCCUCACAUUCUUGUGCUUCCAAGUCCUCUACCUAUCCUCCCACGAUCCUUCCAGAAAAGAUUUAGCUCCGUUCAGUGGAUUCACAACACUUUCAUUGAAGAUUUUAAUCAGAAACACUUCCUCUCAAAGUUUAAUUCGGUGAAUUAUGUUUUCUCUGUAAAGCAGAAUCAAUUGACAGGGGAUUUUUUUGAGAUCGAAAAGAAGGAUGUAUUGGUGAUCCGAAGCAUGAGGAACUUGCAACAACAAGAAGGAGGACAUCGUCUCCAUCGGAAAUUCGGACAAGGAGGACACCAAAACCCAUAUCAGUGA